AUGGCCAAUGUCACCUUGGUGUCAGGAUUCUUACUGGUAGGGUUUUCUGAUGACCCAGAGCUGCAGGUUUUACAUGGUGUGCUCUUCCUAGUGAUUUACUCAGCUGCUGUAGUGAGUAACCUCCUCAUCAUCACUCUCAUCACCCUAGAUCUGCAACUCCAUGCACCCAUGUACUUCUUCCUGAAGAACUUGUCCUCCUUGGAUGUCUUCCUUGUGUCAGUCCCGAUCCCAAAAUUCAUUGUCAAUAGCCUAACACACAGCUAUUUCAUAUCCAUUUUAGAAUGUGCCUUCCAACUAUUGUUAAUGACUUCCUUCUCGGCAGGUGAGAUAUUUAUCCUCACAGCCAUGGCCUGUGACCGCUAUACAGCCAUCUGCUAUCCUUUGCACUAUGGGCUCAUCAUGAACGGCAGCACUUGUAUGCUGAUGGCAAGUGCUUCCUGGGCCAUUGGAGGACUUUUUGGAGCUGUGUACACAGCUGGUACAUUUUCCAUGCCCUUUUGUGGCUCCAAUGUGAUCCCACAGUUUUUCUGUGAUGUUCCCUCAUUAUUGAGGAUUUCCAGCUCUGAAACACUAGUGGUGGUUUAUGCAAGUAUUGGGAUUGGUAUGUGCUUAUGUGUGUCUUGCUUCAUCUGUAUUGUGAUCUCUUAUAUUUAUAUUUUCUCCACUGUACUGAAGAUUCCUACAACAAAAGGUCAAUCAAAAGCUUUCUCCACAUGCUUCCCUCAUCUCACAGUUUUUACUGUUUUUGUCAUAACUGCAUGUUUUGUUUAUCUCAAGCCAUCUUCAAAUGCACCCUCAGUUAUGGACCAGCUGCUUUCUGUCAUCUAUACUGUGAUACCUCCAAUCCUCAACCCUGCUAUCUACAGCCUGAGGAACAAGGACAUGAAAUGGGCCUUGAUGAGGUUGCUGUCAAAAAUACAACACUGA